AUGACAAUGCCGUAUAAUCAGAACUAUUCUGAAUUCACUUACGAAUUUCCGCCAAUAUCUAAUUGCAAUACAUUUGGCCGGGAAAACCAAACUAUAGUCUCGGACAUGGACGGAACUUUGCUCCGGGGACGUAGUUCAUUUCCUUAUUUUGCCCUCGUUGCAUUUGAUGUUGGUGGAGUUUUAAGACUCCUCAUUUUGCUUCUUGCCUCUCCCUUCGCCGGAAUUCUCUAUUAUUUCAUUUCAGAGUCUGCCGGGGUCCGUGUUAUAAUAUUUGCCACCUUUGCCGGGGUGAAGGUUUCUGACAUUGAAUCUGCGGCGCAUGCCGUCUUGCCAAAAUUUUACGCCGAUGACCUUCACCGGGAGGCCUGGGGCUUGUUCUCGGCUUGUGGGAAGAGGUGUGUUUUGACAGCGACUCCGACUGUAAUGGUGGAGCCCUUUUUGAAGGAGGUUUUGGGUGUCGAUUUGGUGAUGGGUACGGAGAUUCAUAGUUGGAAAGGAAGAGCUACCGGACUUGUUAAUAAACCUGGAGUUCUCGUCGGAAGUAACAAGGCUGACGCUCUUUUGAAGGCUUUUAAAGACGCGUCACCACCGGAGUUGGCACUUGGUGACCGAGAAACUGACUACCCAUUCAUGAAAUUAUGCAAGGAAGGUUAUAUAGUUCCACCAGCCACAGCGGAAGUUCAGGCUGUAACAGCAGACAAGUUGCCAAAACGAGUGGUGUUCCACGACGGCCGAUUAGUCAAUAAGCUUACCCCAUUCAUGGCUCUAGUCACCAUUCUUUGGAUUCCGGUGGGUUUCCUCCUUGCAUGUCUACGUAUAGCCGCCGGAAUGUUCCUCCCCAUGAGUAUAACGUAUUACGCUUUUUGGGCACUCGGAAUGCGAGUCAUAAUUAAAGGAUCACCACCCCCAGCGGCUAAAAAGACAACCGGUCAAACUGGCGUCCUAUUCGUCUGCUCCCACCGUACCCUCCUAGACCCGGUUUUCCUCUCCGCAGCCCUCGGCCGUCCAAUCCCCGCCGUCACAUACUCUCUUUCAAGACUCUCGGAGAUAAUGUCUCCUAUCAAAACUAUCGGAUUAACCAGGGACCGGACCACCGAUGCCAACAUAAUCAAGAAGCUUCUACAAGAAGGAGAUUUGGUCAUAUGCCCAGAAGGAACGACCAGUAGAGAACCAAUUCUGUUCCGGUUUUCAGCUCUGUUUGCAGAACUCACAGACGACCUGGUUCCGGUGGCUAUGUCAACCAAGAUGUCCAUGUUUCAGGCCACUACCGUAAGAGGGUGGAAAUCAAUGGAUGCAUUUUACUUCGCUAUGAACCCUAGUCCAACUUAUGAAGUUACUUUCUUGAACAAGUUACCCUAUGAAUCAACUUGUAGAAACGGGAAACUGAGCCACGAUGUCGCAAAUAAUAUACAACAAAUGAUCGCCUCUAGUUUGUCGUUUGAAUGUAUGAAUUUCACGAGGAAAGAUAAGUACAGAAUAUUGGCCGGAUAUGAUGGUAGGUGCCGGAAAAUUGUGUGA